GAACAGAUCUUUUAAGGAGGAGAUCAAGGUGUUCUUCAGAAGCCAGGGCUUAAGAACCGCUGACAACUCUGUAGAGGGCCAGUAGAUUGGUGUUGCGUUUGAUCGGUCGCCCGAGGAAGGAACCCCCCCAGAAAUCAAGGAAGGAUGAGAAAGGAUUGUGCAGGAAACGGUCCUCCAUCAGACAUGGAGCUAAUGAAGGAGAAGUUUGCGAAGCUUCUUCUCGGUGAGGACAUGUCAGGUGGAGGAACAGGAGUUUCCUCAGCUCUUGCUCUCUCUAAUGCCAUCACCAAUCUUGCAGCUUCUGUCUUCGGAGAGCAGCGGCGCUUGGAACCCAUGCCAGAGGAAAGGAAGGCAAGGUGGAGAAAAGAAGUCGAUUGGCUCUUAUCCGUCUCUGACCAUAUCGUGGAAUUUGUUCCCUCACAGCAGGUUUCAGGAGAUGGAAAGAGCAUGGAGAUAAUGAUAACUCAGCAACGCAAAGAUCUUCGCAUGAACAUUCCUGCCUUGAGGAAGCUCGACGCAAUGCUCAUCGAGUACCUCGACAACUUCAAGCAGAAGAACGAGUUCUGGUAUGUGUCCAGGGAUGCGGAUGAGUCUGAGAAGGGGAACGUGCAGAGGACCGAUGACAAGUGGUGGCUCCCUACCGUGAGAGUCCCCCCCGGUGGGUUAUCAGAGGCCUCAAGAAAAUGGAUUCAGCAUCAGAAGGAGCUGGUGAACCAAGUGCUCAAAGCAGCUAUGGCUAUCAAUGCCAAUGUUCUAAUGGAAAUGGAGAUUCCUGAAGACUACAUCGAAUCCCUCCCAAAGAACGGAAGGUCAAGCCUCGGAGAAACCCUCUACAAGAACAUCACCGACGAGGAUUUCGAUGCCGAAACAUUCCUUGCAUCCGUAGACCUGUCCACGGAGCACAAGAUCCUGGACCUCAAGAACCGGAUCGAAGCAUCGGUCGUCAUUUGGAAGAGGAAGAUGAACAACAAGGACGCCAAGUCGACGUGGGGUUCGGCUAUAAGCUCGGCUAUUAGCAUGGAGAAACGCGAACAGUUCGAAGACAGAGCAGAGACGAUCUUACUCAUCCUCAAGCACAGAUUCCCCGGCAUCCCCCAAUCAGCACUGGACAUAAGCAAGAUUCAGGACAACAAGGACGUGGGAUACUCGAUCCUGGAGAGCUACUCCAGGAUUCUGGAAAGUCUAGCUUUCACCGUGAUGUCGCGGAUAGAAGAUGUUCUCCAUGCAGACUCCGUUACUCGAGAUCAAAGUCUUGAGGGCUCCAAGUCGAGGCCUUCGGUGGCAGAUUCGGAGCCAACUGCAGGAGUAGCGACGCCGCUUGAUCCAGCAGAGGAGAUCGAUAAGCUUAAUAACAUGGAAGCCAACAAUUCCAUGACGCUGUCGGAUUUCAUGGGCUGGCAAUUCGACAUGGACACCCAGACAAAGAAGGAAGACGAAGAUGGAAAGCUGGUGAAACAGCCUCCAAGCAUUGUGGUGGCCAACAACAAGCUUUCCAACUUAGAGAAGUUAGAGACAUGGGAGGCUUGAGCUUUCAAGAAGCCCACAGAAAAGACGAGAGAGAGAGAUUGAGAAAAUAAGGUUCAUUCCAUCAAAUUAAUUGUUAACAACUGUUCAUAGCUUCAGGAAUUCAAUUAAGAAAAAUAGUCUCGAAGAAUUUAUUUAU